ACUUUAAUGAUACACUUCAUGUUUCUUCCUCUAUGUUCCUCUCAUGUUUGACUCUUUCUGUCGAUCCCUGGUCUUUCUGUUUCAGGACACCAACGACGCCCCUCUGAUGGUGGGUUUGGCCUCCAGUGGUGUUGCAAUAUUCUGUAAUAUGAUUUGCUCCAGUUUCUUCCCUUGGGGGAAUAUCAUCAAGAUUUCAUUCAAAAGGAAACGCUUUCUUAUACAUCUGAAACGUAAACACGGGGAGACGCAGGACUGUGAGGUGCCUCUGGUUCUGCCCUGUCCCAAGACCUGUAAGAACCUGUGGAGGUCCUGUGUGGAUCAUCACUCUUUCUUCAGCUCCAACCGGACCGCCAGGAGCCCCAGAAACAACAACAGCGCCGUUCAGGCCUACAAAAAGCUAAUAACACAACACCUGGGCCUCAGCAACACUAAAACUGAGAGCGGCCCAGUGGGCCAGCGGGUGGUGGGGGGGAUGGUGUGGAACCCAGUCCUGCGGAGGUCGAUUUCGUCAGAUCACCUAGAGACCGUGAGUCUGCCGUCUAGAUCGCCCCCAAACACCCCCAACUGGCGAAGUCCACGAGUUCGCCACGGCAUCCGCAAGCCCCGCCCAUCCUCAUUUGAACUAACCAAUGACAUGAAAGACAUGUCGGAGGGGGAGGACGUCUUCUACACAUACAGGGCGUCUGUGAGCAGCAGCAAGGACAGCGAGGGAGACAAUUCACCGCAUCACGGUCCUGGCUCUCCCAGCCAUGAUGAGGCUUCGAUGCAUAUUGAUGGCAGUAUAGGAGAGGACGAUGCAGAACACAGCUCACAACACUACCAAAAGGGGGCUCUCGGCGACGGGGACUUGAUGCUGUUAUGCAUCGCGCCCGAUCACGACGGCAAGUUUGGCUUCAUUGUUAAAGGUGGAGUGGAUCAAAAGAUGCCUCUAGCAAUUUCCCACGUAAAACCUGACUCUCCGGCAGGUCGAUGUGAGCCUACACUCCUGGAGGGAGACCUGAUAGUUCUCAUCAACGGUCGAGACAUUUCUGAACACACACAUGAUCAGGUUGUCAUGUUCAUAAAAGCCAGCCGAGAGUCACACUCCAGAGAACUGGCUUUGCUCAUCAGACGUAAAGGUCUGGCCGGGCCCGUCGUCAUGGGAGUGGGCCUCUUCAUCUUCAUCUGCGCCGCCACGCUUCUGUACGAGAACCGGGAUCUGGAAGAAGUCCUCAGACGGGGGACGUGCGAUGACCUGGAGGAUCUGAAGGGGGGAGACGGCUGGGAGGAUUCACAGGAGCAGCCCAGCUUCAGCUGUCAGGAGCAGUGGGAGGAGAAAGAGGGGGGGCAGUGGGCCGCUCCGACCCACACACUCCCCCUCUCGGACCAGAACUGUGGGACGCCUCACAGGAACACACACACCGUCAGCGGCACGCCGUCACCGCCGCCUCCUCCUCCGGAUGCGGGAGAUAGAGAGGAAGAGGAGGAUGAGGAGAAGGAAGGAAGAUCAACCCUUCUGGCCCGAGUCCUCCACCACAAGGAGCCGACUCCUCACCCUCCCUCCCCCUGCCCCUCCGUCUCCCACUCCUCAGUGUACUCAGACUCUUGCAACUCCAGUGAAAUUAACUUCAACAUACGGACAGGCCUUCCUCAACACUGAACUCAUAAAAUGUGCAUGAUGAGAUUCUUUGGAGGUUUCACGUGCGGACACACACUUAUAACGGGACUUUGCUGUCUUGAAUAAACAGAUGAAAUGUUUGGUGGUAUGCUUUAGUGCCUCCGAGUGGCGCAGUCGGUCUGACUCACUGUCUGUGAAGGGUGUUUUUGUCCUACAUCGUUCUCUGACUCACCCACGUUUGAAAGAUUCGGAUCUGUGGUGUUUGAUGUCAACUCACCAUCUUGUUGUCUUUGAACUCACCCAUGCCUGAAAUCCCCAAAAGCCACUGCUUGUUUGACCAUAUUUGGACGUGAGGAGCACUGCUGAAAACGUAUUUAGGUGCUGUGCUGGGAGACGGACCAACUCACACACACACACUCUCUCACACUGAUGCAGAUGUACUGCGUCUACAUUUACUCACUACAGAUGCUUUGGUUAGGAGGAUGAGCACGAUUAGGUCUUAAAUGAUUCUUUAUCUAAUCUCACACAUACUGUAAUCUAGUCUCUAUCCGAGGAAAUUGUGUCUGUGUAAACAAGAGAAGUGCACAAGGCCACACUCCUCUCACUCGACACCUACAGCCCCGCUAUAAAUACCAGCUGCUGCACUGUACACAUGCAACUUUCAGUGUUUCACUGUAAUUCAACUUUUUUUUUUGUAUUCAGCUGCUCAGUUUCUUUUCCUUUUCUCGAGUGUGGUGAGGCGAGAUCUUAAAGAAUGUCAAUCAGAUGGUGGAUAGAAGAGAAAAGAGCAAUGACUGGGAAAAAAGAAAACCCUGUUAGGCUGCCAUGACUUAUCCCUGACGCAGUUUAACUGAGAAAAGCGGUCCUGUGAGUCGUGUAACUGAAGCCUCACACUCCCACCAUCCCAACCUUUCAUCUCCUCUCGCUUCAUCAUCUGAUUCCUACGCUUUAUUCAAAUACCCCCAUCCUCCAGCUCAAGCCUUGGCUGCUGAAAUAUAGAGCAAAUACAAUGCAGAGGGAAAUGUUUUUGGGUCCAAUUAAGCAAAAGUCUGAGAGGUAAACGGGGUAGGAUUUUAAUUAUCUCCAGCGUUUUCCCCCCCAGCCUUUAAUUACACAGGGGAUCAGUCUGAAGGGUUUUAUAGGUUCUUUAGGACUGCAGAGUAUUUCCUUUUUGUUCUGGCCCAUGCUGAGAUACUGCCAUCCAGAUGACGACUGAGACUGAAGCUUACAGUCAUUUGCAGACACACAUUUCCCUGAAAGCAGCACCCAUCUCCCUCUCUCUCUCACACAGGGUUUAUGUCAGUACUUUAUGCUGUUUUCAGAUGCUAGAUGUUUAUUUCAGUGGCAGGUACGAGUCGGGGAGAUGUGUCUGAAUCCUGCAACAGGCUGCAGCUUCAUCACACUCUCUCUCUCUCUCCUCACUCUCACACAUACAGUCCUUCUCACUGUGAGAGAUGCUCUGAUGUGUUUACGUUCAGGAGAGGGAACCCUGCAGGAUGUCAGAGCUGCAACCAAAGAUUAUUCAUCAUGAAUCUGCAGCUUGUUUUCUGAUUAUCAUGAAAUAUUGUUGUCUACACUUAAUGGCCAGUUUAUAUUCUAGGUAAAAUGCAGUUUCAUUGGACAUUGCUGCAAUAAAUGAUACUUUUAUGAGGGUUA